CUGAAAGAUAACAAAAAUCUAGAAUCUCUUUAACACUGCUAGUAUUUUGUUAAUAAAACUACACAAAAUAUAAUAAAAAAUCAACAAAUAAAUAUGUCCGAUAAAUUUAAAGUAAUUGAUCAUGCCACCUUCGAAAGAAUGCAACAAAAUAGCAGUAAUGCACCUGCUGCCACAACUGCCUUACCGAAAAUACGCAAUUCCAAAUAUAAACGUAUGACUGCCACAAACAAUUUCAAUCUGCUGCAAUUUGUCAAAGUCAAACAACGAGGGAAAUCAAAGGGCCUAGCAAAGAAUGUUAGAGUAAGGAAAUGCAUUGUAGAUACACACAGAGUACUAUUAAAGAAAAGGGGAAAACAAAGGGAAAAUGGUAAAGUAAAAAAGCCAAGUCGUCUGAAAAAGUCUAUUUUACAAUAUCGCCAAAUGAAACGCGAACAGGCGGCUAGGCUGGAGAAGGAGAUAGAUGAAUCAGCAGAUAAAUUGAUGAAGUUGGUGGUGAAUGAUGGUAGAGUAGAAAAUGAAAAGAAAAGUUAUCGUUUACAUUCAAAUCGAUUUCGAGAAUAUUGUAACUGUUGCACCACACCCGAAUUGAAAGAACAUUGUGAGCAACUUAUACGAGAACUAAAUCACUUUCAACGAAGAGCUUAUGCUCAAAACCAAAUUAAAGCACGGGCCCACAAACGUUUUGUUAUAGGUUUUCAUCAAGUGCAAAAUUACUUGCGCAUCAAUAAAAUCAAAUUAGUUAUAAUUGCUACCGAUUGUGAACAUACGGAAGGAGAUGUUACUUUAGAUGCAACAAUUGAAAAUAUUAAAACUAUAUGUCAUGAUCAGCAAAUACCGGUGGUGUUUGCAUUUCAACGAAGACAAAUGGCUUAUUUUCUGUACAAAAAGGCUUCUGUUAGUUGUAUGGGUAUUUUAGAUUAUGAUGGAGCGCGCGAAACAUAUGCGAAAGUAAUUGAAGCUUUAAAGCAAGCUAGGGAAAUGUAUGAAUCUCUUGUUUUAAAGGAAUUGUAGUUAAGUUAUCGUACAUUUCUUUCGAAAUAGUUUCAAUCCCUUAUUUAUGAUUUUAUUCCAUUUGGUUUUGACAUUUUCUUAAUAUUCAGUUUAUAAUUAAUUAAAUACAGAUUAUCUGUCAAUAAUUAAAUUUUUAAUAAGAAUAGGUUCUCUAUAUUCUGUUGUAAAUACUUUAUAUAUAAAAAGGAUUGAAAUGUAUUGUUUUUUGCAUUAAAUUUUAUACAUACAAAUGUUUAUAUUUUUGGAAUUUAAUAUAUUUAAUGAAGCAUAAUGUUAAGUG